AUGGGGCUCUUCGGUCAUCCAACUCCAUUCCAAACCGUACUUGAACCCGUUGACCCUCCUAUUGGCCUUAAUAUCGAUUUCUGCGGUCCAAAUGUCGAAACUCUUCACAUGAAGCAUAACGUUGCCUCCCUGACCGGCGACAAAUUUGUGGUCAACAAUGAGGCCGGAGAGGUGGUAUUAAGUUGUCGUGGGCAGGCAUUUACUCUGAUCGACAAGAAGGUAUUCAAGGACUCAAAAGGGAACCCGUUAUUCACAAUUCGCAAUAAAAUCGCCAUACCAAAGAAACAAGUCAUAGAGGCCAUGGACGGGACCGAACUUUGUAGGGUCAACAAGAAGUUCCUUGUAACAUCCUUUCGAAUGGUCGCCUCCUUUACAAACAUGGCCUUAACUCCUAAAGCAUCCUCCGUUGAUCCGGAGGAGAUAGAGCUCGAAUGCAAGGGUGACUGGCUCGGGAGGUCCGCUACCAUCACGAUUGUGGGAACGGACGAGGUUCUGGGAGAGAUAAACCGUUGUUUCUUAGACGUGAAGGACGUAGCUGUCGGAAAGCAGACGUAUGCGGCUAGGAUCGCACCGGGCGUAGAUAUUAUCUUCAUGGCCGCCCUUUGUGUAUGCUUCGAUGAGGCGUACAACGAGGGAUUCAAUUAA